GCGCGCGCCGCCCGGCUCAGUCGCAAGCACCGCGCGCUCGCUACCGUUCGUCUCCUCACUGCAAGUGACAGCUACCGCCGAUACCUCACUACAAAUCGCUGUGUAUACGCGAUAAUAAACUGUCAAACGUCCGACUGGACUACUAUUUCAAUAAACGUUCGCUCAUUUUUAUCGUGUGUAAAGGAAUAAAGAGAUUUGUUGUGAUACGGGGCAAACCAGCACCUUAAAGCGACUGGCACUUCUUCAGGCGGCUGUCCAAACGGUGUAGGAGAAGCAAUUGAAGAUAUGUAGAGUGAUCCAAUUUAGACGAAGAAUUUCUGUAGUAACAAGAAACAAAAUGAAACCUGUAUUUCGAUUUGUAUUUUUAUUGAUUAUACCGAAAAGCAAUCACUGUGAUGUUGAAACGUAGGUGUAAGAUGAUGUUAUAGACAUACAAGAGGUAUUUCGAUGGGAACCUUAUGGAGUCGCGUGGACAGAUGAAUCAACUGCCUAGCAAGCACCACCGCCCUGAGGCGACAUACAAAAGCUGCUCGCAAUCUUUGCCGCUCGACAUUCUAUGGUUACCACGCUCAUCAUUCCGACCGGCGGAGGGCGAGCUGGCGGAUUGCGUGCUGGUGGUGGGGGUGUCGCGGCCCAAGCUCGCCGCGGCUCUCCUCUCAGUCACGUUGCUAUCACUCUUCCUCACUUUCCACGUGCUCUAUGACAGCGCACUUUACAGCAUACAGGCGGCCAGCAUGGCGUCUGCAGCAAGCGAGGGUCGUAAAAUAAUCCAAAACCAAGAAAGUAAUACGCGAACUAUCAAUCAUCCUAUGGCAUUAAGGAAAAGAUUGCGACCUCCAAGACAACCGAGACCAGCAAAAAGACUCCCACAGGCGUUAAUAAUCGGCGUUCGUAAAUGUGGAACCCGAGCACUUCUCGAGAUGCUUUACCUCCAUCCAAUGGUUCAGAAGGCGUCUGGCGAAGUUCAUUUCUUCGACCGCGAUGAAAACUAUGCGCUAGGCCUGGAGUGGUACCGAAGUAAAAUGCCGCUAUCUUUCAAAGGACAAAUCACCAUUGAAAAAAGUCCGAGUUACUUCGUUACGCCUGAAGUACCAGAACGCGUCCGUGCAAUGAACUCCUCGGUACGACUACUACUCAUUGUGCGCGAGCCGGUGACGCGUGCCAUAUCCGACUACACACAACUACGCAGCCGCGCCACGCCGUCUGCGCCCGCGCAUCCGCUCCUGCCAGGACAUCCUGCACCAGACACGGCGAAACCAUUCGAACACCUCGCCAUAUCUCCUGAUGGAUCUAUCAACAUUGCAUAUAGGCCCAUAGCGAUAUCGUUGUACCACGCUUAUCUCCACCGCUGGCUGGAGGUGUUCCCGCGGGAGCAGAUCCUGGUAGUGAACGGGGAUCUACUCAUAGAGGAUCCCGUGCCACAGUUGCGACGCAUCGAGAAAUUCUUGGGACUUGAACAUAAAAUUGGUAGAAAGAAUUUCUAUUUCAAUGAGACAAAGGGAUUCUACUGCCUGCGUAACGACACCACGGACAAAUGUCUGCGCGAGACGAAAGGGCGCAAGCACCCACGCGUUGACCCCGCCGUCGUCACCAAACUACGCAAAUUCUUCGUACAACACAACCAGAGGUUUUAUGACCUCGUUGGGGAGGACCUCGGCUGGCCCGAGGAUUAGAUACAGAUAGGGGCUGAAGGGUUGAGUUAUCGCGACGUCUCGAUUUGGGUUAGUUCUGCAAAAUGAUAAUCAAAAAUCUUGUUUUAGAUAAACAUCAACUAAGUUAAUUAUUGAUGUUGAUUCGAAAGAUUCUGUUCCUGAAAAUGUAAUUAAUAUAUCAAAGAAAGCCUUUUGAAUUCAUAGUCCCAAAUCGAAACUAUGCGAUCAUUCAUAAAUUAAACAUCGCCCCUCAAUAUAAUCCCUAGGGGAUAAAUCAGAUAAAAGCUGAACGUUGUGAUCGAAUACAUAUCAAUUUGAACAUAUACAUAUCAUAGUAGGGUAUAAAUCACUAGUCAGUAAUUUUUUUAAGCCGUUUAUUGUAAUUGUAAGUCGAGUGGAAAAAUUAUUUACAUUAGCGAAAAGUUCUGAAGAUGAUUGAAAUUAUUUAAAUUAUAUAUGGACUGUUUAUCUUCAGUUUGUUGAUUAUUUGCAAGUGUAUAGAGUUUAAAUACGUGAAAAAUGUAUGUGACGAAAAGGGAACAAGGGGUGGGACUUACCAAGUGGCAUCGACAGUAAUAUUUUAUAUAACCAACAUUAAACUUUCGUUUAAACAUCUAAUGCGGGCGUCUGACUCUCCAAAUUACUCUGUGGAGUUAAGUCAUGUCAUUGUCGAAGUAUGUGCGGAGAGGAUCUCAUAUUUUGGGUUUCAAUGUGCGUAUUGUAGAUAUAUUUGUCGGUUACUGCGUUAAAAGGGGCUGAGUUUAAUAAAAAAAAUAAUUUUUAAUCGUGAAAAGUGGGAACACCGGUGAAAGCUGACGUACGGAGUGACAUGGCCAUGAAACCACGACAAAGGUCCUUAAAUAAAGAUAAACAAAAAUUGUAUGAUUAAAACUGGUACGUACACAUGAAAAUAUAUAAAAUCUUAUACUAAUCACUUGAAAUGGAUCGAUUUUAAACAUCACAAUGGGUACACAGUAAAAUUAUUUUACAGAAUUCUAUGGAUAUAUUUACAAUUUAACUUAUCAAAUAUUAUGCAUAUUUAUUCGCAUAAACCGGACCAAUAAUAUUAAUACGCAUAACGUUAUAAAUAAUAAUUGAAACUCAUCAAAUUAAUUUGCACAAAGUUUGUCGCACAAAAAAUAGAAAACACAAGUUUUGACAUGUUAAUUAAAUUUUUAUAAACAUUAAUUUUUAUGUCAUGUUCGAAACAGCCAAAAGUGACAGCCUAUUUCAUUUUGCAUUUAGAAUUUACGGAAUAUAUUACUUUUAGAAUGUAGAUAAUAUAUUAAAGGCGAGUUCAAUUCCACGCUGUUCGUGUUUGGCAGGGAGUUUUGGUACAUUGAUUAAAACGUAUACCUUAUAGUAACAUGCAGAUAAUUUAAACUAUAUUUCCACCUGCGUUUGGAAAAGUUUUAUCUAUGUUCUAGAAAAUUAAUAUACUCAAAGGCCAACUAUUUGACAGAUAAUAGUAGUAUGAUAACUAUAGCGUAAGCCAUGGAUUUUUAUUUGAUUUAAAUAAUGAUCAACUGUUUUAAAAUCCGGAACAAUGCAUUUUUGUUAUAAACCGCUGAAGCAAUUGCCUUUGAGUCUAUGUCUUCCUGAUAUUUUAAUCGAACUGAGUUAAGCUUAUUAAUUGCCUUGUUCAUUUCGUUAUUCAUUACGCAAGAUAAAUGAUGAUAGAUAUUACGCAAUUUUAUUUACUCUCCGUGAUAUUAAGUAACUUUUCAAAAUAUCUAUGUCAGAGUUAUGUUAAAUGUUGCGAUACUUCAAUAUAUUAACAUCUACAGUAAAGUAGAAGAAUAAAAAAAAAAACAAACAUAAUUUAAUAAUAAUUUAUGUUAUAUUAUUAAUUAUUAAAUUAUUCGCACUGAAACCAACCGAGUGUAAUUUCUACAUCUUUUAUUGUCGAUGCCACAUAGUACCAUGUCGUCAUUGUUAUAUAUUUUUUGUUUAAAUACGUUAGAUAAAAUAUAAUUUCGAAUAGUACACAACCAAUGUAUAACGCACUGAUUUAAUAGACCGACCCACUGAAACCCUGAGCAAUAUAUUUUUAUAUAUAAUUAAGUAUUAUAUUAAUUAUACAGCGUUUGUUGUACACAUGUGAAUUUUUUAGACAAUUUGUAAUUUUAUUUAAUAGUGUUAGUGAAUUUUACAUAGAUGUAAGUAAUACGUGUGAGUGUUAUUCCCCUUUCUCCUUUAGAUGUCGUCAAGUUUUGUCGUGCGUCGUGUGUUAAUGUUUUGCGUUGCUAGGAACGUUUCCUGUGUAUAGACGAAUUCCAUAUUUAAAAAAGGAAAAAUAAAUUAUCGGUAAAUGGAAUUUUUAAAACGAAAUUCUUAGCUAAACUGUUAAUUGGUUUCUAGUACCAAAUUAUAAAGAUAAUCCAAACGCAUUAUGUGUCUAGAUAGCUAUAGAUCUAUGCACAUUCUUACUCUAGACUUAUUGUGGUGUGUGUUUAUUUAUUUUAGCAUAAAUUCACAUAAGCCGAUGUUAAAAUUUAAAUGGAGUGAUUGAAGUUCAUACAUUCGACGCGGGUUUAGAAAUAUUCUAUUUAAGUGUAACGUCCAAGACUGAAGCGUUAGAAAAAUAAGUCUAAAUAAUACCUAUUUAGCAUAAAAUGUCCAUAGGUGAUAUGAGGAUCGGUGAGUACUGAACACCUUACAUGAAUUUUAGUUAAGUACGAGCGAGACGGUUCAGAGGGGUUUAAACGUUAAUUUCUAAAAAAAAAUUUGCUUCCAAAAAUCCAAAUUUCAGAAUCAACGAAUAUUUAUAUGUUUUUACGGUCCUUAAAUAAUUAGGCGCAGGCCGGAAUGUGACUGCGAUGUUCUGGUCAUUUAAAAAAUCUAAAGUAUUUAUAAUUAUGAAAAUUAAAGCACUUGAUGCAUAGUUUGUCGCAGUUUGUGGAAAUAUUUCACAAAAUACGUAUUAUAACUACAUUUUAUGGAUUAUAGCUAUAUCUACUUAUUUAAAAUAAUAUCCAUAAAUCUAUAACACAUCAGAAAAAUAUAACAACUCAAUAAUUUAAAUACAAAUGUAAAAUAUUUCCACAUAUUGCGAACAACAAGAAUAUCAAGCAUAUCAAAAAUCUAUAUAAUAUAUAGAGUUAAGUUUGUAAAAUAAAUUAAUAUAUCUAAUUAAUUAAGUUAAUCUUUUAAAUUAUAACAAAAUGAAACUAAUUCACUAGUUAUUAGAUAAUUUUAAUCACUGUUAAAUGUUGUGCACGGUCUUAAGUAGUUAAAGUUUUAUUAAGGCAAUAAGUUUAAAGUACCUAAUGAUUUAGUUUUAGGAUUUUAUUCCUUACCUAAAGUUUUUAUUUAAAAUGAGUAUGACAGCUAUUUUAGGCGUAAUUAUGAGGAACGCUUGGACAAAUUACUAUUAAUGGUAAAUGAAAAAUAUGUCUAGUCGUUAUGACGUGAGGUCUUAUCGUACAAACAAUGUAUACCCAGUUUGAUACCCGACAAGCAAUAUUUAAUAUGAAACGUUCUUUACAUCACAUUAGUACAUUACGUCGAAUGUUCUCGAAUAUUCAUCAAGUACAACCGCGCUCUUAAAAUGUCUCCCAAUAAUUUAUACAUUUCGUAAUAAAAUGCUUGUUACCUAUGCUUGAACGUAAGCUGUUGAAUUCUUCACAAAACGUUCCGAUUUUUUUAAUCACCAAACAAUUUACAAAGUAUUACUUAAAUCUUAAAUGUUACCUUAUAUAUCUUGUAAAUAUCUUCUAAAAAUCCUUUCAAUAAGUUACAUUAUACCUAUAUCUUCAAUAAAAUAUGAAACAGCAGA